AUGGCGUACCGGGAGCUGGUCAGGCUCUGGCACGAGGGCGUGCUGGCGGCCGACGGCGGGGACUGGGAAGCGGCCCUGGACAUCUUCGCCAGCAUCCCGGAGCCGCCGUCCAGGAUCUGGUUCAACGUGGGCUGCCUGCAGCUGCGGGCGGGCCGGGCCGCGGAGGCGCUGCGGGCAUUUGAUAAAACCAUAUUGAAGGACAGUUCUCUAGCUGUUGGCUUCUUUCAGAGGGGGUUUGUCCAUAUGCAGCUGGAAAUGUAUGAAGAAGCUCUCUCUGACUAUCAAAUGGCCUUCAGUCACCUCAGAAAAAAUCCCUUCAUUGAUUACAAGCAGCUGGGGCUGAGGCACAUACUUCAUGCAUGGGAGGUGCUGUACAGCACGGCGGCCGCACAGACCCGCCUGCAGCAGUGGGACGAGGCCAGAGCCACGCUGGAUGAGGCCGUUGUGUGGAGACCUGAAGGGAGAACAGCAAUCCUGAAGCUGGCCCUGGAGCAGGUGCAGGACCGUCUGUUUCUAGAGCCUGUGCAGGUUCCUCCUGGGGAGUUCUUCAGGCCACGGAAGAAGGAAGUUGAACAGCUGCAGUCAAAAGAUUUCCUGGGUAAACCCAAGGUAAUCUCGUCCAUCAUUCCCAAUGAUGAGUACAUUGGCUUUGAGCCUCUCAGGCCUCAGAAACAGAGCUUUUAUGAACCCAGUGCUGAUGCUCUGCGAGACAGUGAGUCAGGCUACUAUCGAGUUCUGUCCCGUUACUGCCCUGAGGACUCAGAGCUGUCAGUCACAGCCAGCAGCCUGGUCUUUGUGCUGUCCAGGGGAGCAGAUGGAUGGGCUACAGCCAUCCACGAUGGACAGAAGCUGCACAUUCCGAGCUCUCUCCUGGAGCCUGCCUCGAGGAUGGAUAAACAGAAGAUCAGCAAUGGGAUUCCCCUCCCUCCUGCCCAGGUGCCUCCCAGCCGGCUGCAGGUGAAGCAGAAGCCAGAAUCUCCUGGGGGAGAAACUGCCUCUGCAAAUGAAGCUGAUGCCCAAAUAGACUUCAAGGUGCCAGCGAGGCGCGGCGCGGCGGCUGCCGCUGCGGGCGUGGAGCGGCCGGCGGUGCUGCGGGUGCGGUGCGAGUGCUGCGUGCUGCUGCGGGCCGGGGCGGUGCCCAGCGUGGCGGGGCUGCGGGACCUGCUGGAGCAGCGGCUCCGGGCGCAGGCACAGCGCGGGCGCCUCAGCUACAGGCAUGCGGAUGGCAACAAGCUGGGUGCAAUAUCAGGGGAGGAGGAUCUGGGGAGGAUGUGGCAGCAGCUGACAGAUGGCACACUGACACUCUGCUGCCAGGACUCAGACUCCCCGGUGGGCAGACCCGUCCUCUACCAGAUGCUGGCUCAGCACUCCUACCCUGCCCAGGGGCCUGGGGACCUGGCCUUCAGCAAGGGAGACGUGCUGGACAUUCUCUCUGAAGUGAAUGAGGACUGGCUGGAAGGACGCUGUGAUGGCAAGACUGGCAUCUUCCCCAAAUGCUUUGCAACACAGGCAGGUUGUGGUGCUGCCUUCCCAUAGCCAACAGGAGCCUUUUCCUGCCACCUGCACUGUCUCCCAGGGGUGGAAGACAUGAGUCCCAGCUCAUUUGGGCCACAGCCAGCACAGCCAGAGCUCUGCUGAACCUGGGCAGGAGAUGUGCCCUGCUCACAGAUCCCACAGGGUCAGGUUCCAGCAGUCCAGCAGUUUCUACAGCCUGGCAGUUUUACCUUUGUGCUUCCACUUCCAAAGAUUUGCCUGUGCAGGGCAGACAGAAGGGAGAGGGAUGAGGUGUUUGGCUGUGGGAAAUGGCCAUGUAGCAGCUCAGACCUCAGGGACUCAAGACUGCUGAGUGGGAAGAGGUUCCUCUGGAUGGAGGGCUUCACCCCAUCUCCCUCCUUGCUCAUGUUCAGGAAGGCUGAGCCUCAAUCCACUGAAGCCCAUGAGAACUCUCUGGGCAGGAGGCAGAGCCCAGAUCCCUGGCUCGCAUACCCUUGUCUCCACCAGACAGAGAUCUGCUCUUUUGAAAGGCUUCUGUAACCAGUUUGCAGUGGGGAAAUGAGGCAACACCUUGGAUCAGGACCACUCUGUGUCAUCUAGAGCAAAUACCCCACAGCCUGCCAUAGCCAAAGGACUCUGUCCAUUCCUCAACCCAGAUGCCUUUGGUUCUCUUCAUAAGCCCUGAAGUCUUGCCUGGAUGUUACUGCUUCAUGUUGCAUGGGCAGGAGUCUUUCAGCAGGGAGAAAGGGUAGCUGUGCAAACACCCCUGCUCAGAGCAGCCCUGGGCUUUGGCAGAGCCUUGGAGGGGCUGGGCAGAGGGCUGUCUGGGCUGGAGCUGGAGCUGAGAAGGCUGAAAUGUCUCUCUGGUUCUUGCAUCUGAGCUGUGCUACAUAAAGCACUCAAGUGCCUGGAGCUGGAACCUGCUAUGGAUUUGGUGUCUGACAAAGCUGGGCUACGUAACCUGAAUAUAAAAUAAAGGCUGAGCCAGAGUUGGCAACUCUUAAAUCAAC